UGUGUGUGUGUGUGUCUGUGUGUGUGUGUGUGUGUGUGUGCAUGCCUCUAUGUUUGUGUGUGAGCACGCGUGUGUGUGUGUGCUUUUCCACAUGCACAUUAUUGUGCCCUGAUCUUGUUGAUGAGACCUGAUCACUUGUCUGUAAGCAUAAUGAUGGUGCCCGGCCGCUUGUUUGUCAGUUCCUUAUUUGUUUAUUGUAAAGAAGGUAAAUCAAUCUGCGGGAUUUCUGGAUUGAAGGGCAAGGAAUAUUUACUGUCAAUAGGAUAAGAACAAGGAGAUAAAAGAUACUGGGCUCCGGGGUGCAUCUGGUGUCAGGACAAGAGCAUAAAAAGGCAGGGAAGAAGCCAACUCCCGAGCAUUUCUAUCUUAAAUGGAAACUUUUUAAGUAUUUGAGUGGGAAAUACAACUUGGAAACUUGCCCUUCGGUCAAAGCACCAGUCCAUAGGUCUAGGUCGAGUCAAAUUAGGUUGGACUCCAGUUCAAUUUCAAUUUCAUCAGCUCUCCUUUCUAAAUUCCUUUCUAAAAAAACUUUCCCGAAAGAUGACAGGCGAAUGCUCCCAAUUUGGAUAUGAGAGCUGAAGGGAAGAAUUGGGAAGGGAAGUCUCUGGUCCAUGUACACAUUCCCAAGGAAAUUUAGCACUGAGACUGACAUUCCUGGGAAACCAAUUUGCAACUGUUGUCCUCCACUGAGGGACAAACCACAACAUUGCUGCUCUACUAAGGAUUGACCAAGAAACCAUGAAAUCCCCGUCUGCAGGAGACUUGGAAGACUACCUACUGAACAAGGUGGACUUGAGGCGCCAGCAGAUCUCGCAGAUUGUGGAGGAGGUACAGAGGGUCGUCCACCAUCUGACCACAGAGAUCAGCCUCCAAGACCUCCGAUUUCAGGCCGUCCCUUACUCUGACACAUACAAUGGGAACAUUAAGGUUUUGGCCCCCAGCCAGUUCCUCGUCACGGUCCCGGUGAAGGGCCUGGUGGGGUACAGGGAGGCCAGGGAGCAGCGCUGGCGAUACUACACCCUGCAGGGCACCAGGCUCCCCUGUCCCUUGCAGGACCCAGAGGGCCUGCGGCAGUGGCUGGAGGCGGAACAGUUCAUGAAGAGCCAGUGGCAGUGGCAUGAGGCAGACGUGAACAUUGAGGGAGAUAUUGUGCCCGCCAGGGUGCUCCAGGUAUUCCGGAAGCUGGUAGAAAACGCAAUUGGAACCUGUCAACUCUCAGGUAAGGUCAGCAUGCUGACGCAGCUCUCCGCAGUUUGGGUUGCCGUGGAAACCUCCACAUGUCAGGUGGAGCUAGAGCUGGUCCCCACGGUGGAGAUCCCUACCGUCUGGCCCGAGAAAGCUCGCUGGCCUCCCUGUCUGAAGCGCUGGCCUUCCCGACAACGAGUGGAGUGUAUCAAGUCGUUUGGGUUUGCCUUGUUGGCCUGUUCAAAUUAUCACUGGCAGCAGAGUUUCCUGCAGGCUGAGCAGGUGCUGCUAGACCAGCUGGAUGAGGACGGGGGCUGCCGCAGGAAGUGCUUCCAGGCCCUGAGGCAGAUGAAGGAGGACGUCUGGUGUCCGGGAAGGAGGCCUGUGGUCACGUCCCACCAUCUGCAGACGGUGCUCUUUUGGACUUGUGAGAAAUACCCCCACCCGAAGGACUGGCAGGUGUUCAGCAAAGCGUUCCUGCGCCUGGUGAGGAAGCUGCACAAGUGUGUGAGCCAGCACUUUCUGAAGCACUAUUUCGUGCGCAAGAGCAACCUGCUCCAACAUGCCAGCUCGGGCGAACUGGACACCGUGGCCCAGAAGCUGGCUCUCUUCCUGAAGAACCCCCAGAUCGGCCUGCCCUGACGCUGCUCCUGCCUGGGAGGCUCUUGGACACCUUAUCCUGGCUCGACCUCGUUCCCUGGAGGAUCCUGCUCAGGAGAGAAGCAACGUGUGGCACAGGAGAUGACAUUGACCCACUAGCACUUAAGGGGGGAACACUGUACCCCAAGAUGUCCAAUCUCAGCUUCCCUAGAGCCAAGCAAGCAUUUCAGCCCUCACGAGCUACCUCUCUCGGGGACAAGCUGUCAUCAGGCUUCCCCAAGCCAUCGAUUCCGAGCUGCUGACAGCACUGGAUGUGUUCUCCUCGCUCGGGCUCUGAGUGUCGGCUGGGGAGGAUGGAGACAAGAACCCCUGGGGGGCCAGGCAUCGGCCUGCGGCCCAGGACUGGUGCUCCAGCCCACUGACAGUGGGCUCAUUACCUUUCCACUCGCAAAUGCAGCUGUGAAUGUACCUUUCUGAGCCUGCGGGACUAUGCUGGUGCCCUUACUAGAGGAGGGCACUGGGUCAACACAAAGUGUCAGUCAUUGGUUGGUAGCCAGUGUUUGCCUGCUGGCUCGGCACCAACACCGCUGACGGGGUGAUUGUGUCUGACCGGUGGGCACGCCUGCCCUGGCCUUCCUGCCCUCAGUUCUCCUGAACCGUCCUUUGGGUCGUGUGGUUCUAGCUGCUUCCCUCGUGUUCUCUAAGAGGGGAGAGGGUGGUUUUGAUGGCCAGUGUCGGCCAGAGGUGAAAGUUCAGCUCUGCUUGCCAGCCUGCUCCGGCCAUUCCCCUUUUCUUGUGCCCGAUGUUUUAUAUUCUUGGAGUGGGCCCAGGAUGAUGACCUCCAAGAAAUGGCUUGGUGUCACCCACCUCUCAAUACCUGCCUUUGCUCACCUCAUUCGCUCACUCAUUCAUGGGUAGAUACAUGCUCAUUAGGCACUGGGAGUAGAGCGAGGAGCCAAAUGGACAAAGGAUGUACCCGUUGGGGGACGGCACCUAAGGUCAAAGACAGGAAGUGCACAACAGAUAAAUAAACACGAUUAUUACAAAUGGUAGCAAGUGCCCUGAAGGAAACAAACAGAAUAUUGAAAUAGAGCCACAGAGAGCUCCUCGAAGGAUGAAAAUGCAAACAGCUGAAGGGGAAGGGAAGCGGGGGGCAGGGGCAGGCUUGGAGGGGCUGGAAUGGUUCAGAUCACUGAACCUUGUAAAGCUGGCAAGGAAUCUGUGUUUUAUUCUAAAAUCAAAGGCAUGACAGUUGGCCUUUCCCAGAGCAGUAGGGUAUGGUGAUAUGAUUUGCAUUUUGUUUGUUUAUUUAUUUAUGACUUGGAUUUUAAAUGACCAGUCCAGUGACUGUAUAAAGGGGGCGUAGGGUCCCACACAAGAGUUGAGGCAUUGAAGGCCAGUAAGCCCACCCAUUUUGAAUUUCACUGAGAUCCACGGGGCCACACAUCCCAUGUGGCACAAAGAAUGCUUGGGGAGGUCAAUGCUUUCUUCUGGUACUUAUUUAUGCUUUUCAACUCAAGGGAAUCCUUUAUUACUCAGAACAUUUCCCCCACUGAAAUUUCUAAAAGCAUGAACAACUGAGUUUUUUUUUAAAAAAAGUCACAUUGGAAAGUGAAAUAUUUUUACAAAAAUACUCUAACCAAAUGGUGGGUUCCCUGGGCUAUCACAUAGGAAAUCAUGAUUUUAAACUGUUGGGGGAAAAAAAAUCCUUUCAAAGAUAUGAUGAGUUGAUAAUUUUUGAAAAUGUGAAAUAAUGAGCAAGCCAAUGUUUUGUUAAGUCAUCAAAACUUGCAUUCAAAGACCCAUACUCUGGGGCCUUGGGACACAUCAUUUCUGAGAAGGUGGCAGAUAAUAACUUUUUUUUUUUUAAUGAUGAAAACAACUGAAGCAAGUUUUAAGCGAGCUGUAUAAUGCCAAGAAGUGGAAGUUGGCUGGACCACUGAUUGGAAAUGUGCACGUGGAGAGGAGUGGGACUGACAUACUCCACAGUCUGAUCCAGUAGGCUCUUCCCACCUCCCCCCGUAUCUGUCUGUGGUCUUCGUAGGAAGCAGGGAGAUCUGCGGACUCCCGACUGUUCCUCUGCUGGGCAGCAGAGGACAGUAGAGGACCGCAUUUGGGAAGAGCCUCUUUCCCCGCACAUACCCCUCAGAGCCCAGUAGGUGGCACCCUCCUCAGCCCGGGACUUCAAUCUGGCUUCUGGGAGAAGGGUGGCCAGCCAUCACAGUCUUUCUGCUUAAGGCUCAGGCUUUCAAAGGGAGCCUGGGAGAGAGUUGUCCCUCCUUUCUGUUUGUAGGCACAGAGCGCCUAGCUCUGAGAAGUCUGAUAUUACUGAUAUGCUGAUAUGCUGAUAUAUAUAUACUGAUAAGUCUGAUAUUAUUCUGGUCAAGUUUUUGUUUGUUUGUUUUUUUGUUUUUAUUCUCCAAAAGAUUUUUCCUUUCAUGUCCACUCUGGCCACAGGACUGUUUUAUACUGCAGUGGUUGGUAUUCAGCCAUUUAAGUGACCUGCUUGCCCUUGCAUCUCGCUGGCACACAACUGCCCUUAAUAAGUUGUUCACCCCUCUCUGUAUCUCCAUUUUUUUUAUGGGCGUGGUUAUGGGCUGGAUUGUGUCCCCCCCACACGCAUAAAAUUCACGUACGGAAGCUCUCACCCCCAGUGCCUCAGAAUGUGUCUGUAUUUGGAGGUGGGGCCUUUAAAGAGGUGGUCAAGGGGCGCCUGGGUGGCUCAGUCGGUUGAACGUCCGAUUUCGGCUCAGGUCACCAUCUCACGCUUCACAAGUUCUACCCCCGCAUCAGACUUGGUGCUGACAGUGUGAAGACUGUUGUCUCUCUCUCUCUCUCUUUCUCUCUCUCUCUCUCUGCCCCUCCCCUGCUCACACUCUGUCUCUGUCUCUGUCUCUCUCAAAAAUAAAUAAACAUUAAAAUUUUUAAAAGAGGUGAUCAAGUUAAAAUGAGGCCAUUUGGGUGGGCCCUGGGCCAUUAGGACCGAUGUUCCUGUAAGAAGAGGAAGAGGCACUUGGGCAGGGGCACAAGGGAGGAAAGGCCACCCGCGAGCCAAGGAGCGGAGCCUCUGGAGAAGACAAUGUCGCCAGCACCUUGAUCUUGGGUUUCCAUUCUCCAGAACCGUGAGAAAAUAAUUUCCUGUUGUUUCAGCUAUGCAGCCUGUGGUAUUCUGGUACGGCCACCCUGGGAAGGCAGUACAAACACGAUGACAGAGUAUGUGCCUCACUGCCUUGAUGAGGGGAAUAAACAGAAUAAAGGACGUCAAAAGCUCGUUUAGUAAUCUGGUGUGCCGUAGCUGUCGAAUAAGCGCUUGGAGUCUUGGACAGCUACUCCCCAAGGCCGUGCCUCCACCGCUGCCUUUCUUGAUAGCUCCCCCCGCCCCAUAGAGACAUCCUUCAUCAAGAAAUGACAAACCAUCACGGGGACAACGUGCGUGGCAUCCCACCACGAGUUCCAUAAACCCGUCUUUUCCUUCGUCCCUCUUGCUGAGCGGAGGAAGUGUCUGAGGAUUUCUCCACGUGCGGUGGAGCGAUGCCAACCUGCCUUCUCGGGGACAGCUUUCCAUUUAUUGUGCGUAGCGUGCUCUUCUUCCUCUUACACCUGUCAUUCCCCCUCUUAGCCUCUCUUCACUGCCCAGCUUCCUCUUCACACCUUCCUUCCUUCCUUCCUUCCUCCCUCCCUCCCUCCCUUCCUCCCUUCCUCCCUCCCUUCCUUCUUUCCUCCCUUCCUUCCUCCCUCCCUUCCUUCCUUCCUUCCUCUCUUCCUUCCUUCCUUCCUUCCUUCCUUUCUUUCUUUGAAAGAUAUCACACAGGUGGGAGUUGAAAGUAUCUAAAGAAUAAUAAUAAAACAGAUGCCAAUAUACUACCUAGGUGAAGAAUAGCACUUGGCCGGUACUUUAGAAUCCUAGGUGCCCGUUCUGUUCCCUAGCCCCCUCUCUCCCUGAUUUUAUGUGAGCCAUUCAGCUGCUUUCCUUUACAGUUUGACUCCCUGUCAUAUUUCAUUGAUCCUAAGCCCCUAACAGUUGUGAGGUGAAUCAUGAUUUCACGUCCCAGAAAGAAAAGGUGCUUUCAUAAUUGCAAAUCACCACUGACUAUCAGAUCCGUCCUCAUUUCUUUUAAAAAAAAAUGUUUAUUUUGAGAGGGAGAAAGAGAGAGAAUCCCAAGCAGGCUCUGUGCUGUCAGCACAGAGCCAGAUGCGGGGCUCAGACCCAGGAACCACGAGAUCAUGACCUGAGCAGAAAUUAAGAGUCGACAUUUGACAGACUGAGCCCCCCAGGGGCCCCGUGCAUCCCCAUUGUUUUAGAGAGAUUAAAAUGUGAAAAGGUUGAUUUUAGAGCCCACAAAAUACGACUUGCGUGCACCUGCAUGUCUUUCAGUUCUGCCUGUUUUCAAGUCUUAUGUCAAUGGAAUCAUCCCAUGCAAAGUCUUCUGGGAUUGGCUUUUGUCCAUAGUGUGCUUCUGAGGCUCUUCCAUGUGGGCGUGGGUGGCAGAGGUGUGUUCCUUCCCACCAUCAUGGAAUAUUCCACGGCGAACCCUUGCUACUGUACGUAUCUACGUUACUGUAGGUGCGCAUCGGGUUGUUUCUAGCUUUGGUGAUGGGAACUGCUUUUAUACACAUUCUCGUAUGUGACUUCUAAUGCACUCAGGCCUUUUUAAAAAAAAUUUUUUUUUUUUUUAUUUUUGAGAGAGAGAGACAGAACAUAAGCAGGGGAGGGGCAGAGAGAGAGGGAGACACAGAAUCCGAAGCAGGCUCCAGGCUCCGAGCUGUCAGCACAGAGCACAACGCAGGGCUCGAACUCACCAACCGUGAGAUCGUGACCUGAGCUGAAGUCGGAUGCUUAACCAACCGAGCCACCCAGGCAUCCCUGAAUGCACUCAGGUCUCCUUCCUGUUUUUUAACGUCAUGGAGAUAUGCUCCUAUGGUGUCCUCUACAAUUUUACCGCUGUGCCUUUUCUCACCAGAGUUAGAAAACACUCUCUCUCUUUCUCCAGUCAAUUCUCAUGAAACUGGGAUGAUCUCUUUGCUUGGAACUUUAGUAAAACUCACCUAAAAAGCU